UGGGCAGGCUUUACCCAGAAACGAAACCACUAGUGAAGCAGCAGAGCACAUUUCAUCACACACUUUGCUGCGUUCAUGCUGACUGGAUCAAACAUUCCUCUUAGUCUUUCACAUCUUACGGAAGAACUAGAGACAAGACAUGGCCGUCCAACAGCAGCCAACCCAGGUGGUGAGAGUGGUGACGACUUCCCACGGCCCUGGGACAUGGAGCACCGGCCUCUGUGAUUGCUGCAGCGAUAUGGCCACCUGUUGCUGUGGUCUUUGGUGCUUCCCCUGCAUGCAGUGUAAGGCUGCAAGUGACUAUGGCUGGUGCUGCUGCAUGCCACUGCUGGACUUCUGCUGUGUGGUGUCCUGCAUCCUCCGUGCCGGCAUUAGAGAGCGCCACGGCAUCCCCGGCUCCUGCUGUGACGACUGCUGCAAAUUAUUUUGGUGUUACCCAUGCGUGUGGUGCCAGAUGAGCCGUGAGCUAAAGAUAAGGGGCACACAGCCGGGCGCCACCUCAAUGGUCACCACGCAGGUCAUAAGUGGAUAGGACGCUUAUGUGUUGGUUGUGAGCUGAGGUCGUAUGACGUGUUUGUUAUGCAUCUCACCAGCUGUCUUAAUGUUUUAAUGCAUGCAGCUUUGUCGCAUGACAUGCUCCCCAACUUUCAGCAGUUAGCACUGAGCAUUUUUACAUUGUUUUGUAGUGAUGUGCUGUUUGUAAUGAUUAGAUGUAGCCGUUCUUCAGAAAUAGCUUCAGCUUCACUGUUAAAGCCAAAUGUUUCCAGCUGAUUGUUAGCAUGUCAGCACAUUGGAUGUUAUGAUACUGUCUGUCAGGUCAGGCUCCUGCCCGACCUUUGAUCCACUCCGGCCAAUAAAAUAUUUGACUUAACAA